GACAGAGCUGGGAAGAGCAACUAAACAUGUGGAAACGAGUGGAGUUGAGUUGACUGCGUUGAGCUUUCGGAAGCUGAGUGACUAACAGAGAGCUUAGCAUUGGACAGGAGGCUGGAAAAAGAGCUGCGUCUCCAUGAAGCCCAACCCCAUCUGAGAGAGCAGAGGUCAGAGAGAGAGAGCAGGAGGGGGGAGUGACAGAAAGGGUCUCUGUGACAUUGCUCGGUCAGUAGAUGGUAAACAGAGCCUGGAGUCUUCUGUCAUGCUGAGCUGCCCUUCUCCUCCUCGAGGGGCGAGAACCGAACCCGCUAAUGCUUCGUGAUCCGGGGGUCUUAGAACCCUAGUCACUCUGAUCGAGGCGGGAAAGCCCCCGCAUACUGGAGCAUAGUAAUUAGGCAAAGUCCAAUCUGUGCCGAUUUUGGUGGUGGUGUACAGAGGAGACCAUGGAGAGGAACUCCUGGCCUUGUUAUGAGAAGCGUUCAGAAACAUCGAAGAUGGACACACAGUUCGGCUUGAUAACAACACUUAAAAUCUAAUACAAACCGUGGAGGUCCUUGAUUGAUGCCAGUCGGGCACAGCACAGCUUGUGGACAGUUGGCCCUAUUGACUUUGCCAUGCGACGGGCACAGUUUCCCUCAAGAGCCACUCCAGAGAGAAUUGUGAUGCCCUCUGCCGGGGCGUCGGACCGACGUUCGGACCUUCCGGGCCAGGAACGGCCGGCUCCAGGGCCGCCCGUCUUCCUGCGUAAGCUCAAGCGCGGCGCCGUGGGGACCGGGUGUGACGUGCGUCUCCGGGUGUCAGUUGGAGGCCACCCCGAGCCCGUGCUGCACUGGUACCAUGACGACCUGCCGGUGGCCAGCGACGAGCGGGACCCAGGAGGUCUGUGGAUCAGGGAUUGCCAGCCAACGGACGGAGGCCUGUACACGUGCGUGGCGGUCAACGCUCUGGGGGAGGCCAGGAGCAGCGCCGUGCUGGCUGUGCUCGACCUGGGAGAGGACUCAGAGAAUACCGAGGAUGAAACAGCAGAAGGACAGGUCCCCAUGGAGGCCAAAGAGAAAGGCAAAGGAGCACACAGCCAGACAGGAGUCAAAAUGGCGGAUCGCUCAUCCGAGCCGUACGGUCAUGACCGCAGAGCUGUCCAGGACCCCGUGGUGGGGCGGGAGGUGUUCCCUCUCGGCUCCAGACCCCCCGGCCUGGUGGACCCCUCUCAGCCUGGCAGGAACCAAGUGGACACCCUUUUAAAGGACAACACCCCCAGUGCUCUGUUCCCACUGGGCAAAACCAAACCAAGCUCAUCCUUGCCUGGUCAUGAUGAGCCUGGACCCGACACUUCUCUACCUAGUGACAGUGGCCAGCAGCAGAAACAGAACGUGGGAGGCCCCGCGGUCCGCCAGGAGAAGGCCGACAGUAUGACGAGAGCGAAAGGUUCUAAGUCGUCUGGGUCCUCCCACAGCAGCGAUUCGCAGGACUCGCGUAAAGACUCGCUGACCUGCCAGACUCCAAAGCUCACUCGGGCUGGCUCCAAGAUCUUCGACAAGGUCCGAGCUUUUGAGGAGCGUAAGCAGAGUGUGGACCCGCCGAAGGGGUCAUCGGCAAGUCGCCCCUGGGCGAUGUUUGGUCGGGCGGCAUCUGUCGACUCCGGAGAUGACCGGAACAAGCGAACUGCAGCCACAAAAGACCAAGGGACAUCGGACGUGGCUCUAAAGAGGUCCUUCUUCAAGCAGAAGGCCUCUUCGUUGGAGGAGGGUAGCAGCAACAGCAACUAUGCUCAGAAAGUCCAGAAUUUCCAGAGUAAAUUCACAGUGGAGCUCAAUCGCAUCAAACGUCUCGUCGGGAGGCCCAGCAUGAAAAAGGCUAUGUCCACCGAGCAGCUCUGCGAGACAGACAAGCAGUCCCUGGGUAAACUAGAGCCGAUCCCUCCUGAGGUCAUUCAGAAACUGCAAGAUCGGGAGCGAAGAUCUGAAAUGAGGGCAGCAGAGUCUGAAAAAGAACCAAUCCUACCCAACGUGAGUAAGAAACCUCACGAUCUGGAACAAAGACCAGCACGGAUGUUUUCAGAGCCUGAAAAAGAACAACGGGCUCCACAGAAACCAGUCAGAACACAAAGCGAAUUGCAGAGUGGAACAGAAGACAAGCAGCCUCUGAAAGACCAGGUUGCUCCAUGGCGCUCUGGAGCGUCUAAGAAACACACCGGGAAAGACACACUGGUCGGGAAAACCGAGACAGAUGGCGGCGCCAAGGCCAAACCUCGGAUAUUCCCUGCAAUCCAACUCCCAGGCCAGUGUUCACCCAGACUUCCACGCAAAAGUCCAACCCGAGACUCUCCCACCCUGCCUAGUCCCCAGCCUCUCCAAGAGACGCCACACAACCAGGAGACUGAGCAGCCAGUUCCAAAGAAAGAGCGAAAGUCUUCGAGCCCUCGUUUACAGAGGGUGUCUACACCUACGAAAGAUGUACCAGUCCCUCCGAAGCCACCACGGAUGGCCAGCUCAGUGCAGCCUGCACAGCCUGCACCUGUCCCAACACCACAGAGCGCUCCGGAGAAGAAACCAACAAGAGGUCUUUCCGCAGGGUUGAAACUGACCAUCCCCACUAUUGUUGUUGAGGCUGAACCCAUGGAAGAGGAGGAUGACGAAGAAGAAGAAGAGAGGAUAGAGCAUGACCAAAGGAGGACAAGAAGGCCAGUAAGGAAAGGAAGAAGCCCAAGGAGUCGGGGCAAGGCGCAUCACGAUCAUCCAACGUCUCCAGAACAAGCGGACUCCUCCGACGAUUCCUACAUGUCAGCCGAGGAGGCCCCGGACGAGGGUCCCCACUUCCAGACGCCCCUGAGGGACGUAGAGGCCUGCACUGGGGACGAGGUGCAGCUCAAGUGUGUCAUCGCUGGAAGCCCCCUCCCGCAAGUGAGGUGGAGGAAAGGGGAUACAGAGAUCCGAGACAGCCCCACACACAUCCUGCAGGUGGAGGGGGAGCGAUUCUCUCUCACCAUCAUGCACAUGAAGCCCAGCGACGCAGGGACGUAUAACGUGACCGCCAACAACCGGAUGGGUCAGGCGUCCUGCUCAGCCACGCUCUUCGUUAGGGCAGAGCCAGUCCAGGGGCAUCGUGGGAAACUGAGUCUUCCUUUGGAUCCCCCAGGCAGCCCUGUCCUCUCUGAUGAGGAGUACCUGAGCCCCCUGGAAGAGGCUAUGGAACUGGACAAUGCCCCCUGGUCCCAGAGGACAGCACUGUCCCCUUUUAAAGAGCCCCCUUCUUUCCAGGUAACCUCAGGUGACCAGGCUGUGGUAGAGGGACAGGAGGUGACCAUGUCAGUUCAUGUAUGUGGACAACCCAAACCCAUGGUGUACUGGUUGAGAGACCGGGUAGCAAUUAAAACUGACAGCCGCCAUGUUGUUCAGGAACGGCCAGAGGGAAAAUAUGAGAUGAAAAUCAAAUCUGCACUGAAGUCAGACGCCGGAGUUUACACCUGCAAGAUCAUCAAUGAAUACGGCACUAAUCAGAAAGAGUGCAGAUUGGAGGUUUCUGCACCUUCGGGUCAGCCUGCCCUGGCCAUCAACAUACCGGUGCAGGACGUGUCGGUGAGGGCCGGCGAGACAGCCCUGUUUGAGUGUCACAUGGUUGGCCCACAGGAAGUGGAUGUGGAUUGGCUGGGCAAUGGGAAACUGAUUCAGCCUGCACUGCUGGACUGCAAGAUGCACUUUGAUGGGCGGAGGUGUCGCCUGCUGCUGCGCUCAGUACACGAGGACGACAGUGGGACCUACACCUGCAAACUCAGCUCGGCUAAAGAGGAGCUGGUGAGCAGUGCCAGUCUCAGAGUCAGUCCCUCCAGGGAGCCCCUGUUCACACGCAAGCUGGAUGUCCUUGAGGUCAUCGAGGGUCGCACCGCCCGCUUUGACUGCAAGGUCAGCGGGUCACCGCCUCCUGAAGUGACAUGGAGCCACUUGGAAAACUCUCUGCAGGAGACUGACAACAUCCGCAUCCUGAAGGAAGGGGGCCGCCACUCUCUGAUCAUCACACAGGUGACCCAGGAGGACGAGGGCUUCUACACAGCGACAGCCCAUAAUAUCCAUGGUGACACAGACAGCACAGCAGAGCUCUAUGUGCAGGAGCCCCGGCCAGCCAUCUCAUCACACAUGGCAAAGUUGGAGAAGAUGCCUUCCAUUCCUGAGGAGCCGGAGGUCCUGGAGUCGGAGGUGGAGCGGAGGACAAUGCCGGACUUCAUCACGCCUCUGCGGGACGUGGAGGUGGUGGAGGGCAAGGAGGCAGUGCUGAAGUGUAAGGUGUCUGGCAUGCCCUACCCCACUAUCAGCUGGUACCACAACGGCAAGAAGAUCGACAGCACGGACGACCGGAAGAUGACCCAGUACAGGGAUGUCCACAGUCUGGUCAUUCGCUCCGUGUGCCACGGUCACAAUGGCGUCUAUAAAAGUGUCAUCUCCAACAAGGUGGGGAAGGCUGCCUGUUACGCCCAUCUCUAUGUGGCAGACAUCCUUCCAGAGCCCCCAGAUGGUCCACCUGUGAUUGAGGCCAUCACUGGAAGAACAAUCACCCUGAGAUGGAGCAGACCCAAGAACCUGGAUCCGUCUAUUGAUCCCAACUCUUUGUUGUAUGCGGUUCAACAACAAGCCCUGGGCUCUAUCCAGUGGACCAUUAUAGCGUCUAACCUGAGAGAAACAUCCUACGUGGUGGCCUCCCUCUCCAAAGGAGCGCGCUACGCAUUCAGAGUUUUGGCAGGGACUGGAAAAGCUUUCAGCAAGCCAUCUCCACCAACAGACCUUGUUCAGCUCAUCGACAGAGGCCAGUAUUUGCGAAGAGGCCCAGAAAUUCUGGACAAGCCGGACACAGUGUAUGCUGUGGAGAAUCAGCCGGCCAGCAUGACCAUCACUCUUAACCACGUUCAAGCAACAGUCAGCUGGAAAAGGAGGGGGGCCAUAUUGCUUCACAAGCCUGGUGUGUGUGAGAUGAGCAUGCCAGAUGACGAUCAGCACUCCCUGAAACUGAUGCGGGUGCGCGUUGGAGACGUGGGCCAGUACACCUGCAUCGUGAGCAACGCAUACGGCAGUGACAUCUGCCAUGCACAACUGAUCCUCGCAGCGCCCCCUGCCUUUGAGAGCAUCAUGGAGGACCUCGAUGUGUGUGUGGGUGAGACAACAAGGUUUGCAGUGGUCGUCGAUGGAAAGCCAGAUCCGGAUAUCCUCUGGUAUAAAGACAACACACUUCUGGCUGAAAGCAGCCACUUCACCUUUGUGUACGACGACAGGGAGUGCUCACUGGUGGUGCUCAGUGCUCGAGAGGAGGACUCAGGGGUCUACACCUGCAUGGCCAAGAACCUGGCCGGGUCUGUGAGCUGCAAGGCAGAGCUCACCGUGCGCACAGCCAAGAAAGUAGUGGAAGAGCCAAUGGAGGAUGAAGAGACUAUCUUGAGGAGAAUGCGGAGACUAACAGAUUAUUAUGACAUUCACAAGGAGAUCGGGAGGGGGGCAUUUUCCUAUGUGAAGCGGGUAACUCUCAAAGCUGCGAAGAGGGAUUACGGAGCUAAAUUCAUCACAGCUCGAGCGAAGAGGAAAGCCUCUGCCCUGCGGGAGAUGUCUCUGCUCUCAGAACUGGACCACGAACGGAUCCUCUACUUUCAUGAUGCUUUCGAAAAGAAAAAUGUGAUUGUGCUCAUCACAGAACUAUGCCAUGAUGAGUUGCUUGAAAGAUUGACAAAGAGGACCACCAUUAUGGAAUCAGAGGUCCGUUCCAUAAUUAGGCAAAUACUAGAAGGUAUUGAUUAUCUUCACCAUAAUGAUAUCAUUCAUCUUGACAUCAAGCCAGAGAACAUUCUCAUGGCUGAUCGUAACAGUGACCAGAUUCGAAUCUGUGAUUUUGGCAGCGCUUUGAAGCUCACUCCCAACGAGCCACAGUACAGCAAGUAUGGCACUCCAGAAUUUGUUGCUCCGGAGAUUGUGAGCCAAACACCCAUCUCCAAGGCAACAGAUAUCUGGCCCAUCGGAGUUAUAGCCUAUUUAUGCCUCACAGGUGUGUCCCCGUUUGCGGCGGAGAAUGACCGUGAAACACUACUCAACAUCAGGAACUACAAUGUGGCUUUCGAGGAGAGCAUGUUUGCUGAUUUGUGCAGAGAAGCCAAAGGAUUUGUCAUCAAGCUGCUGGUGUUAGACAGGCUGAGACCAGACACAGCUGAGGGUCUUCGGCAUCCUUGGUUUAAGACCUUGACUAAGGGGAAGAGUAUCAGUACAGCAUUACAUAAACAGGUCCUGGCAAGAAGAAAGUGGCAGAGGUCACUCAUCAGCUACAAGUCCAAAAUGGUGAUGAGAGCCAUCCCUGAGCUGCUGGAUGACUCCUCCAAGCACACAUCUAUUGCUGUGUCCAGACAUCUCAAGGAGAGUUCGCCACCACCAUCGUCCUCCUCCGACUCUGAUGGGGAAAUCGAUGAACUUCCCUUUAUCCCCAUGCCUAUGAAUAUGGUGUUCUCUGGCUCCAGGAUGUCCCUCACUGAGAUCACAGGGGAGGACGAUGUUUCGGAUGGUGUCGUACCGGCCAAAGGGAACCAUCACAGUGUGGAACCGAUGGAGUGUGAGCCCUCAGUGCCUGGGAAAGAUGGGGAGUCUGAAGAGGUGGGUACGGAAGGGGAGAAGCCCAGGAAGCCUCUUCAGAGAGGGUCGAGUGUGGAGGCUGAGGAGGCACGGAUCAAGUCCAGGAGGGCAACAAUGCGCAGAGGUAGCUCAGCCGACAGUGCCCUGCUCCUUCACGUCUCACCAGAAGAGGGCGCUACAGCAGAGGAGGCCGAGGAAGGCAGCUGUAGCCUUAAAAAGGCCGUCUCCAUGGAGCUCCCGAGACGGAGCCCAAGUCCAGGCCCGGGCAAGCUGAGCCAGGAGGACUACGCCCUGAAACUGGAGCUGAUGAGGCAGAGGCUCCUCCGAGGCGGAUCCGUGGACAAGAAGAUGAGCGGGUUACGCGGCCCUCUGCUGGAGACGCUAGGGGUGGACGACGAAAGACGGACGUCGUCCCUCGACCGCAACUUGCGCAGGGCAAGGAUGGGCGGAAUGACGAGGGCAUCCUCGACAGAGAGUCCCUCAGAGGGCUCCCCAAAGACGAAGGUGUUUCGUAAGAGCGCCUCGUUUAGUCAAGUUGACCCUGAAGCCACUCCACUGCACAGACGCUUUGGAGCGCCGCUGGAGAUCCCUAACACUCAGACAGGCCGGAUGGGAGAGCAGAAGCUGCAUGAAGCCGUAUCUAUGUCUGUCCUUACUGAGCAAACUAGACUAGAGUCAAGGCCUGAGUCUCCCACUGAGAUUAACUCUGUACCACCACCCACUCCUGACCCGGAACAGCAGGAAAGGAAACAGGAAGAAAGGUGGAUUCUGGGAAAUGAGAAGAUGGAUGAGGAACAACAAGAUGGUACAACAAUCUCUGAAUUUUCCCCUCAAAGUCAUGAGGAGGACAAUGUAUCCCUGUCCUCAUAUUCAGCAGUGAAAGAUUCUAGAUCUGUAGUUUCUCCUAUGAUUAAAUCUGAAAGCAGCAGUAGGAGAGAGAGUGUUGUGUCAAAAUCUGAAGAGGUUUCCAGCUCAAAUGAAGGUGAAGGAAAGUCAGAAGUUGAGUCGUCUGCAUCAACUCCCACUGAGAAGAAAAAAUCGGCUUAUGCUGAUGUGAUGCAAACCAUCACUGGGUUGCAACCCAAUGGAAAGCAGCCUCACGUCCCUACCGCCACCCACUCACGGACUCGCUCCAACCCUGAAACUAUCCUCCUACCUGAGCAUCCUGCCGUCUUCGCCAAAGUGGCCACGCCAUUUGCUCCCAUUCUCAGAACCGACAUCAAGGACAUUGACUCAGAGGAGGUUUUCGAGGCGAGGUUCAAAAAGCGCGAGUCAUCUUUAACUCGCGGCCUAAAGCGCCUGACUAGGACUAAGUCGGAGGAGAAGUCUCCGGUCAUGCCUCGCAAGCUGGGCGAGGAGAUCUAUAGACCUGGGCCCACCGGGGCUCCUCUGGAGAUGGUGUCCAGAGGACUUCAGGAGAAAUCCAAGUCAGUCCAGGACCUCAGGGAGGUGGACAAGGACCUUGGCUUGAUCGGCAGGUUCUCCAUGCGGGCAAAGAAGUCGUCUCUCGCUCCCAAGAAGGAGGAGAAGCCAAAGGACGAGUCAAAGGACGAAUCGGCUAGCAAACGCAGGGUGUCCUGGGCUCUGGGUCGCAGCAAGUCCGAGGAUAAAAAAGCGACGGAGCCCAUCAAGACAGAAGAGGAAGUGAAAGCAAAGAAGGAUGUCUCGGAGAGAGAUAAGCAGAAGGUUCCAGACUCACCUGUUUUUGCCAUGAGGCGCAGGUUUGAGUCAAAGGUGGCAGGCAUUUCGGAGAAAAUACGCAGUCGAUCGGAGGAAAGGAAGGAAACAAAAACCCUGAAACCAACACAACCAGAUGCCGAAGCGUCUGAAGCUCCUACGGAAGAAACGAAACCAGAUCAGAAGAAGGUCGAUGAGUCGCCAGUUCUGGCCAUGAAGAAGAAGUUUGAAGCCAAGGUUGCUGGUAUCUCCAUGAAACUGCGAAGCCAGUCUGAAGAUAGGGAGGUGGAGACCGAGCCGAAGCCAGAGGGCAAGAGAACACCUCUUCUGUCCCGUCUUCGACAUUCCCAGUCGGAGGGUACGAGUCUGAAGAAGAUGGACAUCCCUGAAAACCAGCUUGCUGAACAAACGGGCAAAUUAGGUGGCAACGAGUCGGUGGAAUCCACUAACAGUGCGCAGGCUGACUUGAAAUCUUCUCAGACACCAGAGAAUGACCGCCGCUCCAGAUGGGAUCGAUGGGGUCUGUCAAGAGGCAAGAGAGGCAAAAGCCCCGGCCAGCUAAGCACUGCAUCAUCUGUCUCCAAGGAAGAGGAAGCUAAAAAUCAGGAGUACACGCGCUCUUCUUCAGACUUCCCUCCGGUUUUCCACAUUAAGUUAAGGGAUCACAUACUUCUGGAGGGUGACCCAGUGACGCUCAGCUGUCUUCCUGCUGGGAACCCAUUACCAAAGGUCAUCUGGAUGAAGGAUAAGAAACCAUUGGAUAUUGACAGUAGGAUGAACCUGAUGUCCAGUCCAGAUGGCAGACAACUUCUGAUGAUCUUGAACACUACCAAGAAGGAUGCCGGCCUGUACGAGUGUGUGGCCACCAACCCACUAGCAUCGGCCACUAGCUCCUGCACCAUCUCCCUGGCCUGUGUCCCAAAGCGACCUGGAACGCCAGAGGUUCCUCAGACGUACAACAACACGGCUCUGGUGCUGUGGAAACCGGCGGACACCAAACCCCCAUGCACGUACUCACUCGAGAGAAGGACAGAGGGUGAAACAAACUGGCUCAUAGUUGCUACGGGUUUGAUGGACUGUUACCACAAUGUGACAGAACUGCCCACCAGCAACACCCUAAGGUUUAGAGUGGCCUGUGUCAACAAGGCAGGCCAGGGACCAUACAGCAACACCUCUGGGAAAGUGUGCCUAGGCACAGGGAGGAGUGUGUUCACUAAGCCGGUGAAAGGGAAAGCCACCUCACAGUCUCCUGCGGCAGAUGUCCCCGCUCCACCUCCAGGCGCUGCUAUGGCAACCUGCUCCGUCGUCGUCCAGCGCAGUAAAUCCGUGCCUGCCGUGUCCCCAUCCUCACUGCCACAGGCUCUCCCAGCACCCUUCCCUACCACUCAGAUCCCUGUCCAGAUCCCGUCCCGCGCGGCCACAGCGAGCCCCACCACGCCACCCGUGGUCACUCCUCUUCCUGCCCCGUCCUCUGCCACCAGAACCCCUCACGUCUGGCCGCCCCGCAGAGCUUCUGAUGCCCAGUCACCCACUAACAUUCCUCACGUGCAGAGACAGACAGCUCUGCCAGCUAAUAGCGCGACAAACACAGCACUAGUCACACCCGCUCCCCAAUCGCCACCCGUGGUGAAACCCAUAGCGCCUUUGGUCCUGCCAAAACCGAAGAGUCCUGUGAAUGUAGUGCCACCCAUCACUCAAACCCCACCAGUGCCCCAGCCUGUGCCCACCACCACCAGCUCCCCUUCUGCCACCAUGCCUCUACCCUGCAGACCCAUCUCCCCAGUGCCCUCGUAUGUGCCAACCACCACCGCGCGCGUGGCACCUACUCCUGUCUCUCCCCCUGUAGUGUUGGUAAGCAGCAUGAGCCCCUUCGGAGAGGGGCCAACUACUCCCACCCCUCUCACCCCCACAGGCCAAGUGAACCCCUCCACAAAGGCCAGUGAGUCCAGCCUGAGGCAAGGGGUGCCUCAGAAACCUUACACCUUCUUGGAUGAAAAGACAAGAGGUCGGUUUGGGGUGAUCCGUGAGUGCCGUGAGAACGCCACGGGGAAAAUGUUCGCGGCUAAGAUCGUGUCGUACGAGCAGGACACCAAACAGCAGGUGGUGCAGGAGUACCAGACUCUCAAGUCGCUGCACAACGACAGGAUCAUGGCUCUCCACGAGGCCUACGUCACCCCACGCUACCUGGUGCUCAUCACCGAAAACUGCACAGGGAAGGAGAUCCUCUACAGUCUCAUUGACAGGUUCCGCUACUCUGAGGAUGAUAUUGUGCAGUAUCUGGUAGGCAUCCUGCAGGGUUUGGAGUACCUGCACAGCCGGCGAAUCCUUCAUCUUGACAUCAAACCGGACAACAUCAUGGUCACCAAUAUGAACGUCAUUAAGAUCGUAGACUUGGGCAGUGCUCAGAGUUUUAAUCCCCUCACACUCAGAACCUAUAGCAGAGACCUAGCAACCUUAGAGUUCUCUGCUCCUGAGCUGCUGAAAGGUGACGUGGUGGGGCCUCCAGCAGACAUGUGGGGCGUGGGAGUACUUGUCUACAUCAUGCUGAGUGGAAGACUACCCUUCCAGGAAAAGGACCCAAAGCAGACUGAGACCAAAAUACUGGCAGCCAAGUUUGACGCCACAAAGCUGUACCCAAAUGUGUCCCAAAGUGCCUCCGCCUUCCUGAAGAAGACUCUCAAUGGCUAUCCCUGGUCGCGGCCCACCACGAAGGACUGCUUCUCCCACGGCUGGCUGCAGGACUCCUACCUGAUGAAGCUGCGCCGGCAGACGCUCACCUUCACCACGGCGCGCCUCAAGGAGUUCCUGGGGGAGCACCAGAGGCGCCGCGUGGAGGCCGCCACCAAGCACAAGGUCCUCCUGCGAGCCUACCAGACCGGGCCGCCGUCCCCCGCCUCCUCCUCCACCACACCCGUCACCCAGUGACCAGAGCUCUCGUCUGGGGUGUGUGAGCGGCUCUCUCCCCCUCCAACCCUUCAACCCUCUGGGUCUUACAGAGUACAGUGGGGACUGGAGAGGCUCAAGCAGGCUAGGCUGGGCCCAGCUGCAGAGACUCCUAUGUGUGAGACGGCAGUGUCAGCCCCCUAGAGCUGAGAUAGAGAUAGA